UCAUCACACAUUUGACUGGGUUAUAGCUGACCCAGGACGGUCAGUGCAAUUUUCAACAGCAAGGGGGGUUGACAGUGAUUUCGAAACAAUUCAAGGAGCGUUACUGCGAUUCACCCCACAUACUCACGCAAUCCAAACAUCGUCUUCUCCAAUAGGAAAGCGAUCGAAGAAUCGUCCAGACCGUGCUAAGAAAAUUCCAGUUCGAGAUUCAGUCCCCUAUUCGCUUAGAUCGGAAUCCCAGAAGCCCUAAAUUCCAAACAUCACUCCCCAAUCGCCAGCCCAGCGCGAAGGAAUUCCAAAUCAGCUCGGGAUCCGAGUGGGUUAUGUGACCAGAUCACGACAUGUCUUCCGCUCAGGACCCGUUUUACAUUGUCAAGGAAGAGAUUCAAGAAUCCAUUGAUAAGGUGCUGUCUUCUUUUCACCAAUGGGAGCGUAUCCCUGCGGGAAGUCAAGAGCAACAAAAUCUGACCGAGGACCUGCUCACGAGCUGUGAGAGCAUUGAGUGGCAGGUGGACGAAUUGGACAAAGCAAUUGCUGUAGCAGCUAGAGAUCCUUCUUAUUAUGGGAUUGAUCAAGCUGAACUUGACAAAAGGAGGAGAUGGACAAGCACUGCACGUACUCAGGUGGGCAAUGUGAAGAAGACAGUCGUAGCAGGAAAAAUGUUGGAUGGUACAAGCACUUCUAAUGUAAAUGGUAUGCGACGUGAACUAAUGAGGAUGCCAAAUUCUCAUCAGGGUGGAAGAUCCAAUCAGUAUGCUGCUCCGAACAAUGAUGAUAUUGUAUCAUCGGAAUCGGACAGACAGCUGCUUCUCAUAAAGCAACAGGAUGAGGAGCUGGAUGAGCUCAGUGCAAGUGUGGAAAGAAUUGGAGGUGUAGGACUUACUAUACAUGAAGAACUCCUUGCACAGGAGAAGAUUAUAGAUGAACUCGGUACGGAAAUGGAAAGUACGUCAAACCGUCUCGAUUUCGUUCAGAAAAAGGUGGGUAUGGUGAUGAAGAAGGCUGGGGCCAAGGGACAGAUCAUGAUGAUAUUAUUCUUGGUUGUCCUUUUCAUUGUUCUGUUUGUUCUUGUCUUCCUCACCUAGGCCAGAGAGGGAGAAACCAGUCGGCAAUUGCAUAUACGCGGAAGAGAGUUCUGAGGAUCAGGAGUAUUGUGGGACUUGACGAAGGAGUAUAAAUGAAUUGGUUGGGGAUCUACUUUUGUUGAAUAAUUGUUACCUAGCAAAUACUGCUCUAGCGAAAAUUUUACCUUUUUGGGUAGUGUUUUUUCUUAUUAUCUAUUUUGUAUCUCUGUGACUGUUUUGAGAAUUGGUCUUGGGUUGUGAUUGAACAAGUUUGAGUUCUAAAUAUAGCUAUGUAAACCAGGAUCAUGGAUA